GGCUUUGAUUCAGGAAUGAUACAAUGGGCAAGACUCUGCAAUGGGCGUGCCGGCCAACAAAGAAAGCUCAGAAAGCCCAUCAUUGAUGGCUUCCACACUAAUACCAAGAGAUCUGGGAUGAUGUUGAGGAAGACAGUGCGUCUGUGGCCUCUCCUCUUAUGUACUCUGUACUGUAGUGUCCACUACAGCACAGCUCUGAGAGGACAAACACUUGGCAAAUUUCUAUCGUUUGGUAUCCUUGGUAAUGAUGAGACUCCUAAACUCAGCAGUCUAAACGAGCUUCCACAACCGUACGAAGUUCCUCUACCUGAAGAAUGCGUUGUCCCGGGCACCAACUCUCGCUCAUACAAACAAGGACAAUGCUCCCGUGCACCUUGCACCACUAACCAAGGACCUUGUGCACACUCACUACAAUGCUGCUAUGAGAUCGAUCAAACUUCAUCUGUUGAGUUCCUCUGCUCCAAAUCCACCUCUCGCCUCAGGGCACUAGUUAUACUCACCUGUUCGUGUCAGGUCUGUGAUAAACUGCACACUCAUAUUCAAGGCAGGGUCCUAUCCUCUCUAAAGCUAUGGCCAGUUGUGCUGGCAGCCAUUAUGAUUGAAACCGAGGUAGCUACUUUUACCGAUGAGAAUGGAUUCUUCUCAUUCGAUAUCUCCACUAGCAAUGGAGACAUCACUUUACUAUUUCAAGAAACUAACCAUCGAUUGCUAAAAACAGUCGUGAACAUUCGACACUCAAAAUCACCAGAGGUCAACAUUGUAAUGGAGCAUAUACAAACUACAGUAACUAUAGAUAAACUACAACUUGGCUCUGGCGUCACUCUAAGCUCGGACAAAAUGAAAGGAGUCUCCGUGGACUUAAGUAUACCUCCACGAUCAUUAGUGGACCGUGACACUCAGGCUGUGUACGAAGGAACUGGACAGCUGUUGUAUUCGUUGUACAAUGCUGACAAUCAACCGGACUUCACCUCAGAAGCUCUCAAUCGAAUGAUUUAUACUGACUCUAAAGGAGUGGAUUUCUCUAUACAAUCGUACGUGAUUUGCUCUAUGGAAAUUGUGGGGGAAAGUGGGCAUUUGUCACUACGGAAAGGACUAGCCAUGGUGAUUAAACUGAUGCUUAAAUUUGAUAUGAACAUUGGUGGAAGUCAAAUAUCGAAUUUACAUCUAUUUGCAUAUUCUAAGACUAAGUCACGAUGGCUGGAUAACGGUAAAAUUGGUGUAACAGCGAUUGAGAAACAAGACGAUGAAUACGGAACAAUUGUAACUAUUCAUCAAACAUUACGUGAGAUCACUUCUCUCUGGGCAAUUGGUCAUCCUGUUAGAAUCACAUGCUAUGUAAAAGCUAUGGUAACUAACCAAAACACACGGAAAGAACUCCUAGAUACAACUCUAUCUCUAGUACAAUCAGACACUUCUUUGACCCGGCUUUCCUACUAUCAGCAUUCUUCUCUCACUACCCCGGGAGUCGGUGUGUGUCUAAAAGCCGUGUGUAUGCUGGGAGGAACUAUACGAGUGUUAGUAUCCAAGACGGAUCGAAUCACCGCCGUUCCCCCCAGUGUAGAUGUGGGCAUGGUGAUGGGAGAUAAAGAACAGAUAAUGUUCUACGUUACAGAAGACUUGAACACACAAACACCGUACUACCACACGGAGAAAGAUUGUCAAUCAUCCGAAAAACCAUAUUUUGAAUUCACUUCCAAUCGAACUAUUACGAGUACAUUUUCUCAACCCACUCUACUCCCCGUGGUUAAACAAGAGAAUCUAUCGCUUUUCCUUGUCAGUCAAAGAGAUGUCUACUGUUUUGCUAAGGUUUCUGUGUAUGAUUGCGCCCCAUUAACAGAAAUUAAGAUACUGAGUUAUUCGUCGUUCAAACACAAUCAACUUCUUUCGAUGCAUACAGCGGUUGCCGUGGGAGCAGAUAAUACGAACACUUGUGCAAGUGCUGAAGUUGUCAGUUUGAGAGCAUCUUGUGUUCAGUUCACUUGCCACAGCGAUGUUCACGUCACGGUGCAAAGCCAGAACCAUUACAACACGUACAGUCAGGAGUCACCCCUCAGUAGUAGCAAUACUGGGCAUUCGGUCGAUUGCCGUUAUUGGAGCUCAAACAGGAACAUUCCCAAUGAUCAGCACCCCUCCGAAAACAUGAAGUCGUUUCAUCUGAGCGACGUGAAGACGUUGCCUCCAUCUAGUGGAGUGUACCGAAGCUCUAACUCCAACCUUGCUCUGAUGCAGUGCAUGUCUGGGAGAGUGGAGGCACCAGCCAGUAUGGUGGACCCUGAGGCUGGAGUGGCAGUGACUUUCACAUGUUUGUUUUAAUUGAUCCUCUGUUCAUGUCAUUCACUACAUGUGUGUGUGUGUGUGGGUGUGGGUGUGGGUGUGUGUGGGUGUGGGUGUGUGUGUGUGUAUAGUAUGUGUUCUUAAUUGUUCGUGCUGAGUCAUAAAAUGUGUAGUUGUACAUGUUCAUCAUCAAAGACUGUCAUCAUCCAAUCAUCACCACAUUGCCUUUCAUUUUUAAUACUUCACCAAUAUGGCAAUAAUUUAAUAUUGACGAAUUUAACACAAUUGACAAAAAUUAAUUACAGACAA